GGGCCAUUUGCUGAUUCCUGUCGCCAUGACCUGUCUGGUCGUCCUUGUUGCUGCCGUCGUUGCAUGUGUCCACGCUGCGUUGUCCCCUUGUGACUCGAGCCAGAUUGCGCUGGCCAUCGUGCCGACGUACGACUCGGCGGAUGCCGUCACGUGUGCCGCCGCUACGUUGAACGGCAAGGACUUCAACUCGCUGUUUGAGACGACGCCAGCGUCAGACGACACGAUCAAGGCCGUGAGCGCCCACCCCGGCUGCAAUGCGUGGUAUUCCACCGUCGCGACUGCGUUUGCCGGCAUGGACGCGUGCGAAUUCCUCGGCCGCAACGUCCAAGAGUACGGCAAGUUGUCGUUGACCGAGUUCUUGGUCGCCAACAACAAGGAGAUCCAGAGCUUCGACCCGUCGAAAACGUUGUCGCCCGUCCCCACCGACACGCCCACCAGUUUGGCCCCCACCAACGCCACCGAAGCCACCACUGUGCCCAAGCCGACCCCCACGCCGCCGGUCACCACCAAAGCCUCGUCAGCUGCAGGUCCUACAAGCGCAGGUGCCAUUGUACUCGCGUUUAGCAUCGCAGCCGCUGGUCUCCUGCACAUGUAGUGUAGAUAUCUCGAGGACGCUUUCACACAUGUAGUUCUCCGUAGCCGAAUGUGAUGUUAUCUUAAUUGUAUGAGUUUGCACACUAACUACUACGACUGUUCCU